AUGGACCCGCAGCCGCCCAACCAGCCCCCGCAACAGCCCGCCACCCCGCCCAAGCCCGCCCAAGACCAGGCCGCGUCCUCGUCGUCGUCGUCCACCACCGACGAUGCCACCAUGGCCGACUCGCAGCCUCAACCGCCCCAGGAGGACCCGCUCCCGGAUGAGAUCCUCAACGCCUCGGCAGACGACAUUGUCGCCCGCACCCGCCUCAUCGACAACGACCUCAAGGUCAUGCGCAGCGAGACGAUGCGCUUGAACCACGAGCGCAGCAAGAUGCGCGAGCAGAUCAAGGACAACACGGACAAGAUCAAGAACAACAAGAUGCUCCCGUACCUCGUCGGCAACGUCGUCGAGAUCCUCGACAUCGACCCGGACGCGGACGAGGCGGGCGAGGGCGCCAACGUCGACCUCGACGCGCAGCGCAAGGGCAAGUGCGCCGUCAUCAAGACGUCGACGCGCCAGACCAUCUUCCUCCCGCUCGUCGGCCUCGUCGACCCGGCAACCCUGCGCCCCAAGGACCUGAUCGGCGUCAACAAGGACUCGUACCUCGUCCUCGACACGCUCCCCGCCGAGUACGACUCGCGGGUCAAGGCGAUGGAGGUCGACGAGAAGCCGACAGAGUCGUACAACGACAUUGGCGGCCUCGACAAGCAGAUCGAGGAGCUCGUCGAGGCCAUCGUCAUGCCCAUGCAGCAGCCGAGCGCUUCAAGGCCCUCGGCAUCAAGGCGCCAAAGGGCUGCCUCAUGUACGGCCGCCAGAACGGGCAAGACGCUGCUCGCCCGUGCGUGUGCCGCCCAGACCGACGCCUGCUACCUCAAGCUCGCCGCCCCGUCCCUCGUCCAGAUGUUCAUCGGCGACGGCGCCAAGCUCGUGCGCGACGCGUUCGAGCUCGCCAAGCAGCACCCGGCGGCCAUCAUCUUUAUCGACGAGCUCGACGCGAUCGGGACCAAGCGGUUCGACAGCGACAAGUCGGGCGACCGCGAGGUGCAGCGCACCAUGCUCGAGCUCCUGAACCAGCUCGACGGGUUCGGGUCCGACGACCGCAUCAAGGUGAUUGCCGCCACGAACCGCAUCGACGUCCUCGACCCGGCCCUGCUGCGCUCGGGUCGCCUCGACCGCAAGAUCGAGUUCCCGCUACCGAACGAGGACGCGCGCGCAAAGAUCAUGGAGAUCCACUCGCGCAAGAUGAAGGUCAGCAAGAAGGUCAACUACGAGGAGCUCGCGCGCUCGACCGACGAGUUCAACGGCGCCCAGCUCAAGGCGGUGUGUGUCGAGGCGGGCAUGAUUGCGCUGCGCGAGGGCUUUACCGAGAUCAACCACGAGCACUACCUGUCGGGCAUCCUCGAGGUCCAGUCCAAGAAGAAGAACGACCACUUCUACUUUGCCUGAGCACCCUCUCGUCGACAGUCGCCUCUCCGCCCCGCUGCCACCGAAGCAGCAAACCCCUCCCACCUCGCCUCGCCUCGCUUCGCAUCCCCCGUCGUUCCUCGCCCGCUCGCUCGCACCCCUCCC